GUCGAACAGACGUCAGUUCCGUAUGCAUCUGACAAAGUUUGUCGCAUCAAACUCCACACCACCUUUGUCGGCAUCGCAUUGCUUUUGAUAACUGGUCCAUUUGCACUGCACUGUUACCGUGCCUGCAUUGCAACAUAGACUGCAACAGUGUCGUCAACCACGAAGGUCCUUCAUAACAAUAGGAAAUACCCUCGGAUUAUAGAUACGAUAUCCACUGGAGCACGUAGGACGGGCGAAGCAGCGGGGGGGUCGGGGCCUCGCGUAGAGGGUGGGCAACGCCCAGCUGAGGCCUGCGGCCGGUGCGGCAGCCUUGCUGUAGGGCCAGGCCCAGAGGCUUUAGGGACCCGCAAACCCGGUGGAGAUGACAGACCGCAAGCUUAAUAUUCUGCACUUUAACGAUGUGUACAACAUUGAGGCUGGUCGCCAGGAGCCGGUUGGUGGUGCUUCGCGAUUCACAUGGAAGGUCAAGCAGCUGAAGGCGAAGGGCGUAAACCCCCUGGUGCUGUUCAGCGGCGACGCAUACAACCCCAGCCUGAUGAGCACCAUGACCAUGGGCGCCCAGAUGGUGCCCAUCCUCAACGAGAUCGGCGUGCACUGCUCCUGCAUGGGGAACCACGACUUCGACUACGGCCUGCCCAACCUGCUCAAGCUCAACUCGCAGUGCAAGUUUCCCUGGCUCAUGGCCAAUGUGUUGGACAGGGCCACAGGGAAGCCGUACGCGGACGCUGCCGGCACGUGGACAACGGAGUGGAACGGCAUCAAGGUCGGCGUGGUGGGGCUUGUGGAGGAGGAGUGGCUGGACACGCUCGCUUCCAUCAACAAGGACGAGAUGCAGUACCAGGACUUCGUGGCAGUGGGGCGCAAGCUGGCAGCGGAGCUAAAGGCGGAUGGCGCGGAGCUGCUGAUUGCGCUGACGCACAUGCGCGAGCCCAACGACCGCAAGCUGGCCGCCGAGGUGCCCGAGUUCCACCUGGUGCUGGGCGGCCACGACCACCACUACGUGUCGGCCUUCAUCGAGCCGCACAACAACCUGCUGGUCAAGAGCGGCACCGACUUCCGCGACAUGUCGCUGAUCGAGGUGGAGUUCCCCAACGGCAGCACCACGGACCCCAAGAUGUCGGUGGAGCGACUGGUCAUCGACGGCUCGGUGCCGGAGGACCCGGCAGCCAAGGAGAUUGUGGACGAGUACAUGAAGCUGAUGGGCGAGAAGAUGGACGAGGUGGUGGUGGAGACACUGGAGCCGCUGGACGGCCGCUUCCAGACCGUGCGGACCAGGGAGUCCAACCUGGGCAACUUCGUGUGCGACGUGUGGCGCAAGGCAGCCAACGCCCAGAUCGCCAUCCUGAACUCGGGGUCCCUGCGGUCGGACACCAUCCACCCGUCAGGCCAGCUGAAGGCGCGUGAUUUGGUUGCCAUCCUGCCCAUGCUGGACGAGACGGUCGUGCUGGAGUGCACAGGGGCGCAGGUCAUCACGGCGCUUGAGAACGGCGUGUCAAUGUGGCCCAAGCUGGAGGGCCGCUUCCCCCAGGUGUCGGGCGUGAAGUUCAGCUUCGACCCCAGCAAGCCCCCGGGCUCACGCAUCGUGCCCGGCUCCGUUUUCCUGACCGAUUUUGACGAUGAUGUGGACGACGAGAGGGAGCCGCUGCAGCCGGAACGGAAGUACCGCGUCACCGUGAAGGAGUACAUGGCACAGGGCAAGGACGGUUUUGACGUGCUGAAGGACUGUCGGGUGCUGGUGGACGCCGAGAGCUGCGUCAUGCUGCCCACCGCCAUCAAGCAGCACCUGGCCGUGCUGUCGGUGCUCACGCUGCUGGACCCGCUGGUCAAGCUGAGCCCGAUCGCCACUUUCUGGAAGAACCGCAGCAACCAGAGACUCAACGAAGCGGAGCAGCAGCAACAGGCGCCGGACUCGCAGCAGCAGGAGCAGGAGCAGGGUGCGCAGGUGGCCCGGCGGCGGGCGCACAACCACGGCAUUGCAGUGCACCACCCCACCAAGGGCUACUACUGCAUCUCGCCCGUCAACGAGGGCCGCAUUAUAAAUGUGGCCGGCGACCACGAGCCACACACUGCGCCAUAGCUUGCAGGCACCGGUGCGUAAGCAAUUCUCGAAGCCUGGGUGGUGUGGGGGCUUGUUGGGGGAUGUGUUGUACCUGAAGCUGCCGUGCAGAAUACGGUACUAGUGUUGUUUCAUGUGUGUGUGAGUUCACAAGCGUGCGUUGGGCCCUGCCUGUAGUUAUGCAGUGAUAUAAGCCCUGCCAAACACAAUCCUGCUGAACGCAAGUGCAAUGGCUGGAUGGCGCCACUGUGAUUGCGAGUCCCCGAUCGGCUAUCUUAGAGAGGCAGCAGUACAUGUAUUGAUGUGCGUGCUUUCCUGCGUUGUACGAGUUUGUGAUCUGAAAUCCCUGCAUUUCUGACAUGGAUAGAACACUGCGGAGCCUAUGACCAAUUUACUGGGCAAGCCAGGUUUCGGGCAGGCGGCGGUGGCGGCUGGGGCGAGAGUGCGUGCGUAAUCAAAUGCGUGCAGUAUGGACGGCUAGCUAGUCAGGUUUAACGCAUAGCGUCGCAUAGUGAGGGCGUGGCGCAUGAGAUGUUGAGGACUGGUGGAUCAUGCCACCGGUGGGACAGGACAAGAGAGAAGGGGCUCAGCCCUCAAAGAGGGUGAAGAGGGGCAGGGACGGCGGCACAGGAAGAGCAGGUGAAGAGGGGCAGGAAGUUGAGGCACGUCGCGGCUGACUCGUGGGCUGGCUGUGUGUCCAGGAGCAGGGGUGCAGGAUCGCCGCCUGAUCGCCCUGACUGUCAACCCUGCAGCUCUGCGGCCUUGCCUCCCAUAGGCUGACAGUUAGCACAUAGUGCCGCCCUGCCGCUGUCUCGCGGCUUGGAAGCGUGGAAGUGUGCCGGGCCAGGCCGGGCAGGCACGGGCAGGCAUGGCGGGCCUGACUCCCCCACGGAACUCCCCCAUGUCCGGAUGCACGGGUGCGCAAACGGGCCAUGUGGGAUAUAUUCAAAGCCGCGGGUGUAUGUUUGCGCAGUAAUAAGAACGCGGAAAAGCGGUGCGCGGCGCUUUAGGUCGCGCUAUAGGCAGCGCUAUAGGCGGUGCUAGAC